AUGGCGACUCCCGUGAAUACCACAGCAGUCCCCAGCACGGCAGGCGAAGCCCAUGAACUUGAGAAGAGCCAACCGAUCAACGAGGUGGAAACCGUAGCAUUGUCAACCACAGAAGACAGGAAGUUGCUCAGACGCAUCGACUUGUGUCUUUGCCCCCUAAUGUUUUUCACAAUGACGCUUCAAUACAUGGACAAGCAGGCACUUCCCACAGCGUCUAUCUUGGGGAUCAUCCAGGACCUUAAUCUGUCCGGCAGACAGUAUUCGUGGGCGAGCUCGAUCUUUUGGUUCGGCUACCUAGGUUUCACCUAUGCCACUCCAUAUAUAAUGGUUCGGCUGCCUAUCGGCAAAAAACUCACAGGCCGCAGCGUUGGCUGGGCAGUCAUCAUCGGAUGUCACGCGGCAGUCAAGAACUUUGGAGGCCUCAUGGCUGUUCGUGUCCUAUUAGGAAUGGCUGAAGCUGCAGCAAUUCCUGGAUUUAGUUUAUUGAUUGGCAUGUUCUAUAAACGCCAGGAGCAUGCACUGAGGCACGGGUAUUGGUUUAUCGGGAAUUCGCUCGGAAUUAUCAUUAAUGGCUUGGUGGCCUUUGGGGUUGCUCAUAUUCAGUCCGGUAUUGGUGCUUGGAAGUGGCUAUUCGUGACCCUAGCCGUCAUCACCUUCGUAUGGGCGGUGGCAAUGUUCUGGCUCCUACCUGACACGCCGGUAACGGCGAAGUUCUUGUCCACAGAACAAAGGGUCCAUGCGGUAGAGCGCCUGCGGAGCAACCAAACGGUAGUCAAGAACAGACAAUUCCAAUGGUAUCAGUUCCGAGAGGCAUUAGUCGAUCCUCGGAUCUGGCUGAUUGUUCUCUUCCUGAUAGCUGUGUCUAUAUGCAGUAGCGCUAUUGCCGCGUUCACUCCUAUUGUAAUUGUGGGGCUCGGCUACGACGUCUUUCAGGCUAAUCUCUUCAACCUCGCUCUUGGUGGCAUCCACGGCGGCUUCGGCAUCGCUGCGACCUAUCUCUGUUCACGUUACAAGAAUGUUCGAUGCAUUACGUGUGCCGCUCUAUGUACAGUGAGUCUCGCCGGAGCUCUUCUGGUCCAAUUCGGCCCCAACAUCGGUAGCAGGUUGUUUGGAAUCUUGAUCUUCUGGGCCUAUCCGUGCACGGUCGCGAUUGCCUUCUCUCUGGUCGCUUCUAAUGUGGCGGGCUUUACCAAGAAGAGUGUCGCCACAUCGAUGGCCACUCUCGGCUAUUGCGGAGGCAACAUGAUCGGUCCAUUUCUUUUCUUCCCUCGUGAGAAGCCCAAGUAUCAGUCUGGUUUCACGGCGACAGCUUGCUGCUUCGGUAUUGCCGUUGUGAUCAUGCUGUGCUUGUUGGCCUUGACCCGUUAUGAGAACAGCCGCCGCGACAGGGUAUUUGGCGUGGUUGAUGAGUCUACCCUUGAGAUGGUCGAGGAGGAGGUUUCCAUCACUGAUCGCACCGAUGGCGAGAAUUCAGUCUUUCGCUAUAUGAUGUGA